GAGCUGAGAUGUGAGGAAAGGAAACGAGGAUGCACAAAUAAGAAAUGAGAAGCACCGAUUGAGUAUUUGUGCUGUUUGUCUUCACAUUCUCACAUCUCGACCUGAAAACAGUUGAUUGUUCUGUAAAGUCAAAAACAUCUCCGAGCUGCCGUUCAACAAAACGAUUCAGAGGAAAAAUAAGAAGGAUCUACAAAUACUUGAGUCAUGGAAUCCGUCCCCACUGAGAUGGCAGCCCUUGGAAGACCUCUGUUUCCUGGAAUGCUGUACGACUGCCGCAAUGAAUCCUUCAUUCCAGGUGGUGUUACUCUGUGGGAUAAGACAUCAAUGAUUAAAGAAUUGGACACUCGUCCACAGCUCAUGACAGAUGUGAAGUUCAGUAGCUCUGACUCUCUCUCUAGUAAGUCCAGUCUCCUGGAUGUAAAUGCUUCCCUGAAGGCCAGUUUCUUGGGAGGGCUGGUGGAGGUGGGAGGAUCUGCCAAAUACCUGCAUGACACCAAAUCCUCAAACCAACAGUCCAGAGUAACAAUGUUUUACCGUGAAACCUCAAGAUUCGAACAGCUUAAUAUCACCCAGCUUGGCCAGGUCACCUACCCUCAGGUGUUUGAACAGAAAACUGCAACUCAUGUGAUCACAGCUGUGCUGUACGGAGCUCAAGCCUUCAUGGUGUUUGAUCGAUCGUUUUCAGAUGGUGAAAACCUCCAGGAGAUCGAGGGAGAACUGAAUGUCAUGGUCAAGUCCUUUCCUGGAUUUUCCAUUGAUGGGCAAGGAGGUGUAAAAAUGACAGAAGGUCAUAUUGAGAAGGCUAAGAAUAUCACCUGCACUUUUCAUGGUGAUGUCCAUCUUAAACAGAACCCCACCACAUACAUGGAGGCCCAAGAGGUGUACAAGAAGCUCCCUACUCUGCUGGGGGAGGAUUCACAGAAUGCAGUGCCAAUUAAGGUCUGGCUCUAUCCUCUUUCUCUACUGGAUACAGCAGCAGCUCAGUUGGUAAGAGAAAUCAGCACGUGUCUCAUUUCCAACGCGGAACAUAUGAUCGAGGAUCUGGAAGAAGUCAAGAGGAAAUGCAAUGACCUGUCCAGAAAACCAAUAGCAAAUAUUUUCAGUGACAUCAAAGAGAGGCUGCGCUUAUUUCAGAACUCUUUUAGCAUUUACAGGCUGGCCCUCCAGAAAGCACUGGCCAGAGUCUUGCCUGCUAUUCGAGGAGGUGGGAUGGAGGAAAAGUCACUGGAUGACAUCCUAAAGAUCCACUACCUCUCCCCUUUUAAUGCUGAUAUGCUUAACCAGUGGUUACAUGAGACAAAGUCUGAACUUCACCUGAUGAAUUCGUACACCAAGACUCUGAAGGAGAUCAAAAUUGAAGAUUCAGACGGCCUCAUCAUCAGCCUCCUUGAUCCUGAUAUUGAUGUUGUGGUGUGCUUGACCUUCACUUCUCUGAAGUACAAAGACCCAUAUCUUUCAACCCUGAACGAGUUUCUAAAAUCUGUCAACUUUACGGAGUUAGAUGGGGAAAAUAAGUUUUCCCUGACAUCCUCUGUCCAAAAACCGUUCAACCCCCAUGACGUCACUUCAAAAAUGAGAGAAAAUUUAUCUCACUUCAGAGGUUUUUUAGAGGCCAAUAAAGACGAGAAGACAAUCCACUUCAUUAUUUCCACCAUCUCUGAUGCCUCCAAUCCAGGCUCCUCCAUCUAUCUGUAUGAAAAAGGCAAACUGACAGAUAAAAAGUUCCAGCCCGUGUCCAAGCCAUCCCCACCAAUAGUGAAGAAUGUUCUGGACCAAACUGUGUUUCUGAAACUGCGUAAGUCCCCAGCUGGAGAAACAGUGAAGUACAGAGUAGAGUACAAGGAGGUGAAAGCAAAUGCUGGAUCUGAGGAACCGUGGCUUGUCAUAGACACAGCUAGUGAAGACUUUAACCUGACUGGAUUGAAGUUGGGAACGCAGUACGUGAUCCGCUACAGGAUAGUAGGUAAAGUAGGAGUGAGUGAAGCCAGCGAUACGGUCAGCUCCAGACUCUCACUGGCCAAAGACUCUACUGCUCCUAAACCAGAAACAGAACAUGCUGUGAUUGUGGGUGGGACAGGAGGUGAUGUUUUCUCUUUUAAGUCUGCCUCCUACACCUCCAUUAAGAAGAUGAACAUUACUUACAGCUCGAUGUCUCUAAACUCAAUCCAGGUGAUUUUCCACUGUGGCCCCGUGAUUAAAGUGGGUAACUCAACAGGAUCUAACAAUCAAGAAAUUCUACUUGAUGAAGAUGAUAAAAUUGUCUCUGCAAAACUGUGGCCAAAUAGGUAUCAUAACCGAUUUGGGGGUUUUGAAUUUGUGGUUGCCAAAGGAAGAGGCAAAACAACAACAUUUUCGGUCAAGUGUCAGAACCUGGGUCAGCCUGUGAGUUCUGAUGUGAAGUCUGGGAGGAUUCAUGGCAUUACAGGCAGAAGUGGCGAUGAGAUUGAUGGUCUGGGCUUUUACUUCAUUUAGUCUUCAGCUAUGCUAAUAUUUUUUUUUGCGGACCAUAUCCAAAUAUCUAAACAUUUAAAAAUGACCUCUUCACAGCAGUCCUAUACAGUACA